GCUGGUGUCAUUGACUUGGCUGUGGACUGGAUGACAGAUCUGAAAGAGGGCGUGUGUUUGUCUGCAUUCUGGUACAGUCACGAACAGUGCUGCUGGACCUCCAAUGAGACUACUUUUGCUGAUCGUGACAAAUGCCCGCAGUGGCAGAAAUGGGCGGAGCUGAUGACUGGGCACACAGAGAGUGCUGGGGCGUAUGUGUUGAACUAUUUCUUGUACGUGCUUUGGGCUCUAUUCUUCUCUUUCCUGGCUGUGUCUCUAGUGCGAGUCUUUGCUCCAUAUGCUUGUGGUUCUGGGAUCCCUGAGAUUAAGACCAUUCUGAGUGGCUUUAUCAUACGGGGUUACCUGGGAAAGUGGACACUGUUGAUAAAGACCGUGACCUUGGUCCUGGCUGUAUCGUCGGGCCUCAGUUUGGGAAAGGAGGGCCCACUUGUUCAUGUGGCAUGUUGCUGCGGUAAUCUCUUCUGCAGCCUUUUCUCCAAGUACAGCAAAAAUGAGGGCAAGCGCAGAGAGGUUUUGUCUGCUGCUGCAGCUGCUGGUGUGUCUGUGGCUUUUGGAGCCCCAAUAGGAGGAGUGCUCUUCAGCUUAGAGGAGGUGAGUUACUACUUCCCUCUGAAGACUCUCUGGCGUUCUUUCUUUGCCGCCCUGGUCGCGGCCUUUACACUCCGCUCCAUCAAUCCAUUUGGCAACAAUCGACUGGUGCUUUUUUACGUGGAGUACCACACGCCCUGGUACAUGGCUGAGCUGGUACCCUUUAUCCUGCUGGGAGUUUUCGGUGGUCUCUGGGGAACGCUCUUUAUCCGCGGGAACAUCGCGUGGUGUCGCCGCCGUAAGACCACUCAGCUGGGGAAGUACCCGGUGCUGGAGGUGAUCGUGGUGACGGGCAUCACCGCCAUCCUGGCGUUCCCAAACCCCUACACGAGACGCAGCACCAGCGAACUCAUCUCCGAGCUGUUUAACGACUGUGGGGCGCUGGAGUCGUCUCAGCUCUGCGACUACAUCAACAACCCCAACAUGACCCGGCCCGUGGACGACAUCCCCGACAGGCCAGCCGGACCCGGGGUCUACACUGCCCUUUGGCAGCUGGCACUGGCUCUCAUCUUUAAGAUCGUCAUCACCAUCUUCACCUUUGGCAUGAAGAUCCCCUCUGGGCUUUUCAUUCCCAGUAUGGCAGUGGGUGCCAUAGCUGGGCGCAUAGUGGGCAUUGCUGUGGAACAGAUGGCAUACCACCACCAUGACUGGAUUAUCUUUAAGAACUGGUGCCGACCGGGGGCAGACUGUGUCACCCCUGGUCUUUAUGCCAUGGUGGGAGCUGCUGCAUGUCUGGGUGGGGUGACGCGGAUGACUGUGUCUCUGGUGGUCAUUAUGUUUGAACUGACUGGUGGACUGGAGUACAUUGUGCCUUUGAUGGCUGCGGCGGUCACCAGUAAGUGGGUGGCAGAUGCGUUUGGGAAAGAGGGAAUCUACGAGGCUCAUAUUCGGCUGAAUGGCUACCCCUACCUGGACCAGGACGAGUUUACUCAUCGCACGCUGGCCACAGACGUGAUGCGUCCCCGUCGGAGUGAACCCCCGCUUGCUGUGCUCACCCAGGAUAGCACGACAGUGGAGGAUGUGGAAACGCUCAUUAAAGAAACCGAUUACAACGGUUUCCCUGUGGUGGUGUCACGCGAGUCCGAGCGCCUCAUUGGCUUUGUGCAGCGCAGAGACCUGAUCCUGGCCAUAAAAAAUGCUCGUCAGAAGCAGGACGGAGUGGUCAGUAACUCGAUAGUGUACUUCACUGAGGACGCCCCUCAGCAGCCUCCCAGUAACCCCCAGCCGCUGAAGCUCAGACGCAUCCUGAACCUCAGCCCCUUCACUGUCACCGACCACACUCCCAUGGAGACGGUGGUGGACAUCUUCCGCAAGCUGGGUCUAAGGCAGUGCCUGGUCACCCGCAGCGGACGGCUUUUGGGCAUUAUCACAAAGAAGGAUGUUCUUCGACACAUGGCCCAAAUGAUGAACCAGGAUCCAGAGUCUAUCAUGUUCAAUUAAAUCCCAAUACUACACUAACCUUCUUAAAAGCCAAUGCCUUUAAGGACAUCCAUCCAGAGACUGAUGAUGUACAUAGUGCACUGCUACUGUUGUUUGUGAAGUAUUCACUCCUAUGAUAUCGUAACACUUAUGUCCCCAUGUAUGUGUUUGGAGGCAGAAGAAGGGAUGAUGUCAAAGAUGGGCCAAGUAUCGGUGUCCUUGUAACUACUGUUAAUUUUACUGCUGCUGCCACGUUUAUUUUUACUAACAUGAACUUAUAGAUUGCAUAAAUUAGUUACUAUAUCCUCUCUCUCUCUCUGAAGCCUCGAUAAACCUCAGAGAAACAGAGCUGUGACAAACGAAAGGGAAGCUGUCGUGUAAACCAAUUUAUGUGCUGUUUUAUGUUCUUUAAGCCAAUGUGUUUGGAAUAGUUUUUGUUAAUC